AAACAAACAACCAUGUACACGGAGAAGAAGAAAUGAAUCUGCAUCACUAGGCAAAGAAGUAAACAUGUCGGUUUUGUGUAAGAGUUAUUAGUAACAUUUAAUGUGUUAUUAUUUCUGGAAGAUAUACUCCGCUUUAUAGUGUGACUGUUAGCAAUGAGAACCCUCGUACUGGACAAUGGUGCUUAUACAGCUAAGAUUGGAUACAGCCAUGAGAAAGUCAGUGUUAUUCCUAACUGUCAGUUCCGAUCCAAGUCUCUGAGGCUAAAAACCUUCACAGCAAAUCAACUGGAUGAAAUCAAAGAUCCUUCUGGGCUCUUUUAUAUUCUUCCGUUUCAAAAGGGUUAUCUCGUAAACUGGGAUGUGCAACGGAAAGUGUGGGAUCAAUUGUUUGGAAAAGAAAUGUUCAAGGUGGACUUUGCUGAUACAAACAUUAUUAUAACUGAGCCCUACUUCAACUUCACCUCAAUUCAGGAAUCCAUGAAUGAAAUUUUGUUUGAGGAGUACCAGUUUCAAUCAGCUCUCAGAGUCAAUGCCAACAAACUGAUAACUUUCCCUAUAAGCCUAACACCCUACAUAAUGUGCCAUGUCUCAGCUGGAUCUUUGAGUGCGCACAAACACUUCAAUGAGUACAGUUCGGAGUUGUGUUGCAUCAUAGUGGAUAGUGGCUUCUCCUUCACACACAUUGCCCCUUAUUGUAGAGGAAGGAAGAUGAAGGAUGGCAUAUGCAGAAUAAAUGUAGGUGGAAAACUACUCACCAACCACUUAAAAGAGAUCAUUUCCUACAGGCAGUUACAUGUGAUGGAUGAGACAUAUGUGAUUAAUCAAGUGAAGGAGGACGUGUGCUAUGUCUCACAGGACUUUUACAAAGACAUGCAGAUUGCUCAGUUGAAAGGAGAGGAAAAUCUGGUAAUGAGAGACUAUGUGCUACCUGACUUUAGUUCCAUCAAAAAGGGCUUCUGUAAGCCUCGUGAGGAAAUGAAUUUCACAGGGAAGUAUAAAACUGGAGAGCAGAUGCUGCGCCUCACAAACGAGAGAUUUGCUGUUCCAGAGAUGCUUUUCCACCCAUCAGAUAUCGGAAUCCAGGAAAUGGGCAUACCAGAAGCAAUAGUCAACUCCAUCAGCAAAAUGCCAGAAGAAAUGCAACCUCACUUCUUCAAGAACAUUGUCCUAACGGGUGGCAACACCUUGUUCUCAGGCUUCAGAGAUCGGGUGUACCAAGAAGUUCGUGCACUCGCACCUAGCGAAUUUGAUGUUUCUGUAAUACAGCCACAAAAUCCAAUCUGCUAUCCUUGGACAGGAGGAAAGCUACUAGCAGAAAACCCAGACUUUGAGGACAUGGUGGUAACACGGGAGGAUUAUGAAGAAAAUGGACAUUAUGUGUGUGAGGAGAAGUUUGACAUUUAAUCUGGGAAAAGCAAUUAUUUAUCCUGUGUUUUUUUUUUAUAUAUACCGUCAUCUCAUGUUUUUUUGUGUAUUAUAAUUAUUUUUACAUCAUUUUUAUACAGUGUUGGAAAUAAACUUGACUUGACUUCAA